UCUGUCUCUCUCAACCCAUUGGAGCACAGUGUACUAAAUGGAAGAAGCAAACCAGUCUGUGGUGUCUGACUUUAUUUUUCUGGGACUUUGUACCUCAAGAGGACUACAGAUCUUCUUCCUACUAUCAUUUUCUACCCUCUACCUGAUGACUCUGAUAGGCAAUCUCUUUGUCGUGAUAUUAAUCAUCACUGAUCAUCAUCUCCAUUCUCCCAUGUACUUUCUGUUAGCUAACCUCUCAUUUAUUGACUUCUGCCUUUCCUCAGUUACUACCCCCAAACUGAUCACAGACCUCCUAAUAGAUACUAAAACAAUUUCUUUUGGGGGGUGCAUGAGCCAGAUCCUCUGUGUGCAUUUAUUUGCAGGGGGUGAGAUGAUACUUCUUGCAUCGAUGGCCUAUGACCGAUAUGUGGCCAUCUGCAGGCCACUCCACUACACCAGCAUCAUGGACAGACAGAAGUGCAUCUGGCUUGUUUUGAUAUCAUGGAUCAUUGGAUUGGUGCAUUCCAUUAGUCAGCUGAUCCUGAUUUUGGAACUACCUUUCUGUGGACCUAGAGUAAUAGACAGCUUUUUCUGUGAUAUUCCUUUGGUGAUGAAAUUAGCCUGCACAGAUACUGAUUCUCUGGGAAUCUUGGUAAAUGCUGAGAGUGGUGUUUUAGCAACAACUUGUUUCAUUCUCUUGCUGAUAUCUUACACCUACAUUCUAUUAACUGUUCUGCUCCAGUCUAAAGAGGGCUCAUCAAAGGCACUCUCUACCUGUACAUCCCACAUCAUAGUGGUUGUGCUAUUCUUUGGGCCUGUCAUUUUCAUCUAUCUGUGGCCAGUCUACAUCACUUGGGUCAACAAGUUUCUUGCUGUGUUUUA